AGGAAAACCAAAACAAAGAAAAUCGCUGAAAAUUCCGGGGCUAUUUAAAAACAAUGCACUGAUAAACACGACGCUGUAACUAGCGAAUCGGUCUCCGUUUUUCCGACGCGUUUUGAGUCCUCAAGAUGCGCAAAUACCAACAACUGGCGCUUGUGCUGCUUUCGAUCACCUGCGUAGUGAUACUGCUGGUGUACAAGAGCGAAAACAACCGGUUAAAGUACGUGCUCGAGGUGGUGAACAUCUUCGGCCGUAACGAUGCGGCCAGUCUGAUCCGGAUCGACAACAGCAGCCGGCUUCACAGUUCGCCGUACGAGUUCGACAAUCCUCUGCCGGCCUGGCAACGUAUCGGCGAUGGGUUCUACGUUUACUCAUCAUUCUGGCAGAAAAACGAGCUGGCCGCCGGGGGCACCGUGAUCAGUAUCGUGGUCGGGCUGGAGCAGGCCAUCGUGAACUUUAAAUGCCAGAUCCAGCAUGGAAGCAGCGAUCUCGUAACCGGAAAACUGUUAUUCACACGCAUCGAACCUCCGACCACUGGUUCGGUGAAAAGCCCAAACGGAGAGUCGUUUGUAGUGUAUAAAUUCUUCUGCAAGGUCACACGAGACUUUGGCCAACCGACUGAAGUCAUCUUCACCGAUGUAAACCAUGCCAUCAAGCGGUACGUGCCACUGCGGGUCCUCGAGAGCCGUUCGGUGCGGCAACGCAUGACAAUGACGGCAUGUGUCGAUAUGAACGAUUAUCUUGAUCUGGAAGAAGAGUUCCGACUGCCCUCGUCCAUACUGCAAUACUUCCUACACCAUCAGAUUGUUGGAGUGGAGGACUUCAUCGUGUACAACAGUAAUGCCUUGAGUGGCGCAUCGGCCGCCCUAUUGUACAACCAUGGCAUAAAGAUCAAUCUGUUGCCCUACAAUUUCCCCUUCGAUUUAGCAAACCGGCAGCAGAACCGGUUGAUAAUCGAAAUGGACUGUUUAAUGCGUAACUAUAACGCCGCAAAGUUGUCGUUCGUCGGUGCCAUCAACGAGUACCUGUAUCCUAGCUCUCGCCUCCGGCUGAACAAUCCGUUUCUCAAGUAUGCCUGGAAGGUAUCAAGUGACGUAUCGCGGUUCGGCGUGGGCACACGAUCCGUUUGUCUGGAUACGCGCAAAAAGAUAUUUUCCGACAAUCUACUGUACGACGUCGACGCCCAUCGGGAUGUCGAGGGGCCUUUCUACGUGUACAAACCACAGCACUACAACCGCACCGCCGGAGGAACUGUGGAUUACGUGAAAACGCUCGACGUUGAUCGGAACGUACUGUUCGUGCACCGGUAUGGUGGCAAAUGUAGCGGUAAAUCAAAUUUACACGAAUGGACAACCAGCUUGCAGCCCGACUUUCUACAAUACGUUACCGAUGUGGGCCGUGAGCUGAACAAACUAAUCUUUCGGUAAACCAGCGACCGGCUGUCCGUCCCAUCAUGAUCUCACACAAGAGCAUGGAACCAGAUGACGAUGAUGCAAAGGGGCAGUGCGAGUAGCCAUGCUACUUACCCCCAACCAAUAUGUGCCAGAUGAAUGGAGAAAGGUCAAAACGGAUAACCCAUCUGAUGUGACCAACUAUUUCGCUCAAAGACGGUUGCCAGGUCGGGGAUAUUAAAUUGGUUUCGCUAGCAGGGGAAAUCCCGUUUCCGAUCCUCGCAAAGAUUUUAGUACGAAGCAGUCCAAAGAAAGUGCACAUCUGUAGCCUCUUUUCUAGGCCCUUUUCAGCCGUAGGUGCGCUUCGAUGGGAUUGUCCUUCGGUGUAUUUUUCUCUCUCCUUCUCUCUGUCCCUUACUUUUCGCCUACUUGCUGCUAGCAUCCCACGCGGAUAAUAUUGAAAGUUUCAAUAUCUUAAGAAAAUGAUAGAAUGCGCGCCGCACGAAGAGUAUAGAAGCUAAGCUAGAGUAAGGACAAGCGCCGCAGCGUGUGCUACGGUUUUUAUCGAUCGAUACGGAACAAUAAUUACUCAAUCAAAACAUCACUUUCUUCUAACCCUUUUAAAGUAAUCCGAUCUUAUCGUACAGGAAUUAAACCAUGCAAACUAAAUAUCAGAUUUUUCCACUUUUUCAAUUAAAGUUCGAUGAAAACGAG